GGCAUCCCUCAGAGGGGACAUGUGAACUGAUCAUCAGGGCACUGAUGAUCAGUGUGCCCUGAUGAUCUCUGUAGCCCCAGCAGUGCCAUCUGUCAGCGCUCACCCAUGCCACCUGCCAGUGCCCAUCAGUGCCACAUCAAUGCCACAUAAUAAUGCCUACCAGUGCACAUCAAUACCACAUAUCAGUGCCCAUCUGAACUGCCUUUCAGUGUCCCCCAUCAGUGCCACCUAUCAAUGCCAGUCAGUGCCACCUAUCAGUGCUUCCAAUCAUCAGUGCCGCCUAUCAGUGUGCAUCAGUGCCCCCUAUCAGUGCCCGACAGUGCUGCCUAUC